AUGUCGCGACUGGGGUAUCACACCCCCGAGAGCAGACUACGGCUCAAGAUUGAUUUCUUCAUCCUCAGCUUCUGCUGUGUCACGUAUUUCUUCAACUACCUCGACCGCUCCAACCUCAGCAAUGCCUAUGUCUCCGGCAUGAAGGAGGAGCUGUCCUUCCAUGGCAACCAGCUCAAUGUCAUCAACACCAUCUUCACCGUGGGCUACAUCCUCGGCCAGAUCCCCAGCAAUCUGGCGCUGACGUACAUCCGCCCGCGCAUCUUCUUUCCCGCCAUGAUCCUGCUGUGGGGCGGACUGACCAUGACCACGGCCGCCGUGCACAGUCCGCAGGGCAUCAUGGCCAUCCGCUUCUUCCUGGGCCUGGCCGAGUCGAGCACCUUUGUGGGGACGCACUAUAUCUUGGGGUCCUGGUACACCGAGCAGGAACUGGGGAAGCGCAGCGGGAUCUUCACGGCGUCGGGGCUGGCGGGGACCAUGUUCGGGGGCUUCAUCCAGACGGGGAUCCAUUCCUCGCUGGACGGGGUGCGGGGGCUCUCCGGCUGGAGAUGGUUGUUUAUCAUCGACGGGUUGAUUACCCUCCCCAUCGCCAUCUACGGUCUGCUUCUUUUUCCUGAUACGCCCACUACUACGCGCGCUCCCUAUCUCACUGCAGAGGAGCGUGCCCUGGCGAUUUCGCGACUGCCGGCGACCAAUGCCGAUCGCGCGCCGCUGGACCGCGCGUUCGUCAAGCGCACGUUCUCUACGUGGUACUGGUGGGCGUUCGUCAUCCUCUGGGUCAUCGCCGGCGAGACCGAGUCGUUCUCAUCCAACUCGCUGCUCGCAUUGUACAUGAAAGCCCACCCGAGCAUCCACUACACCGUCGCGCAGCUGAACAACUACCCGACGGGCGUCCCCGCGGUCGGGAUCAUCUCCACGCUGUUCUGGGCCACGCUGACCGACUCCCUUCGCGGCAAACGGUACUUGGUUGCGUACUUUAUCGGCGUUACGGGCAUUGUGACCUCGGUCCUCAUCCUCCGCCGCUUCGAGUCCACACCGACGGUGUUUGGCGCGUACUACUGGGCCGGGGCGGUGUACGCGUGCCAGGCGACCUUCUUCGCGUGGUGCAACGAUGCGAUGCGGUCGCAGGAUGCGCGGCAGCGCUCCGUCGUUAUUGCCAGCAUGAACAUGGGCAACAACGCGGUGAACGCGUGGUGGAGUAUUCUGUUCUACUCGGCGGACCUGGCGCCGCGGUUCACGCGCGGGAUGUGGGCGAUGAUCGGGUGUUCCAUCGCGUUGGUGGUAUGGGCGUCGUGGAUUGUGUUUAUGAUGGGAAGAGAGGCAAGGGAGGGUUCGAGAGAGCCAGAUGAGGGUGGUGGAGCUGUAUCUCCUGCGCAGCCAAAGGCUGAGGCUUGA